AUGAUCGAUCAGGGUACGGAGGCCCUCCGUGUCUCGGUUCAGUCGCUGAAGCCCCCCGGGGGUGUGAGGAGCGGCGGCCGGUGUGAGAGGACUCCGGAGGCUCCGGGGGACAUGCUGAACCACAGCUCACCUGGAGGGGCUCUGCGGGGGGGCUCCGGCCCAGGCGGCGACGCCCCCCGCCAGGCCGUGUGCGGCGGCUGCGCCCGGAUCAUCUCGGACCGCUUCCUGCUGCGCGUCAACGAUACGUCCUGGCACGAGGAGUGUCUGCAGUGCGCCGCCUGCCAGCAGCUGCUCACCGCCUCCUGCUACUGCCGCGACACCAAGCUCUACUGCAAGAGCGACUACCAACAGCUGUUUGCUGCUAAAUGUCACGGCUGUCUGGAGAACAUUGCACCCACGGCGCUGGUGAUGCGAGCCCUGCAGAGCGUUUACCACCUCGGCUGCUUCUGCUGCUGCGUCUGCGAUCGUCAGCUCUGCAAGGGAGACGAGUUCGUGCUGAAAGGAGGCCGGCUGCUGUGCAGGACGGACUACGAGAAGAGGAAGGAGCUCAUCAGCACAGCCAGUCCGCUGUUCUCGGACUCAGAUAAGAGUGAGGAUGAGGAUGUGAAGUCUGAGAAAUACACCAGCGGAGAGAAAGGAGGCAGCGACGACGGUAAAGACCCCCGACGGUCCAAACGGCCCCGGACGAUCCUCACCACCCAGCAGAGGAGGGCCUUCAAAGCCUCGUUCGAGGUCUCCUCCAAACCCUGCAGAAAGGUGAGAGAGACCCUUGCUGCCGAGACCGGGCUCACGGUUCGGGUGGUCCAAGUCUGGUUUCAGAACCAGAGGGCAAAGAUGAAGAAGUUAGCCCGCAGACAGCAGCAGCAGCAGCAGCAGCAGGAGCAGCACAGCAGCCAAAGGCCGGGCCGAGAGGGGAUGCUGGGCCAUGUGGAGGCUCUUCUGGGCUCCUUCUCAGAGCCUCUGUGUCCAGACCAGCAGCAGCUCCUCACCGUGGACCACCGGGGGUUCUCAGACCCCUUCCAGCCAGGCCUCACCCCCCCACAGAUGCCCGGUGACCACAUGAACCCCUACGGCUCUGACUCCGUCCUCCAUGACCUCCAUGACCUCCAUGACCUGGACAGCGACUCGUCUCUCUCCAGCCUCAGUCACUGCUUCGUGGCCAUGCUGGACGUCGGCUCCCUGAAGGCUCGGGUGGGAAACCCCAUCGACCGGCUGUACUCCAUGCAGAGCUCCUACUUUACCUCCUGA